AUGAUUUUCUUUCUCUUUUUGCCGAUUUUCGCGGCGGCGUACCACUUCGACGUGACCCCCAACGGCCAGUGGAUCAUCCGUGGCGAUGAGGGAGCGUAUCUUGAUUCGGGACAUUACAUGCUCUGCCAGAAUGGCGAAUGCUACAAUACCAUUAACGGAGAACUGGAAGUCGUACCCGUCCAAAUGCACAGAUAUGGAGAGGACGUAAUUGGCGCUUAUGAUGAGUCUGUCUUCGUGAUGCUUGCUCCGCCGAAGGGAGUAGAGGCACACGUCUACAUGCGUAACUACAACGACCUUGAAACGGUCGUCUUCGGGCAACACUUCUUUCCGAAUUAUCCGAACAUGUCGAUUUACGACCGAGAUCGAGUGUCCACGUCCUUUCCAUCAGUCAAGGUGCCCAAAGAAAGCGACGCCUACUACAUCAACCCUUGUGGCUAUCACACAGGCUGGACCGACCUACGUAAAGGCAGCUGGGAUCAGAAGAACAUGACCGACAUGUGCGGCGGUCUCGAAGGAGGGCCCUUUUUUGUCUUCGACGAGGCGAACUACACUCGAGGAUACGCGGGGCAGUUCUUCGCUAUCUCUUCGUACUCCAACUUCAUGGUUCACAACACUCAAGUGGCGCAAAAUGAUUAUUACAAUGAGCUUUGGUUUGGGCUCAUGGGAUCAGUAAACGAAGUACCUUUUGGAUUCUCGUUAGAGACGAUAAUUUCAUACUCCAACAAAGGUUUCUCCGCAGGAAUGGACAAAUUGGGCUCUACCUUACGAAAGCGCUAUGGAAAGACCCUGGAUAAGCGGGAGUCCGAUAUGACUGCGAAUUAUUUGAGUUACUGGACUGAUAACGGAGCCUUUUAUUAUUACCACACUGACCAAAACGACGUCUACGAAGAUCAACUUGAGAAAAUUGCCAAACAGGAUAUUCCAUUCCAGCCAGAGUUUUCAAAGAAAACAAAUAGAAAAGCCACUUCCUGGAACUACGACUCUUGGUGGUACUUCAAGGACGCUGGGGACCAUGGAGGUGUUGUGAACUGGACAGCCAUGCCGAGCGUUUUCCCGAAUGGCAUGGAAGAAACGUUUGAGAAAACGCAUCUACCAGUUACUGCUCACAACAGGUGGUGGUCAGCAAGCACGUCUUACGCAAAGCAAAACGGGGGUCAGUACGAUUUUAUCGUUCAAAAAGGAGAGAACGAGACAGCGCUACCGACGACGAUCGACUUUUGGCGAGAUCUGUUCGCGAAUGCUACUUCCUGGGGAUUGAAGGUCUAUGAACAGGAUUGGCUAAACAAACAGACGGAGAAGUUGGAAGAGUUGACGACUAGUGCCACUUUGGGACGGGACUGGUUGAUGCAGAUGGGUCAAGCUGCAGAAGAGCACGGAAUUAAUAUUCUCUAUUGCAUGGCUAUGCCUAGACACAUGCUUCACACAACCUACUCGAACGCUCUCGGUUUGGCUCCGUUCAAAGAUGUCUUCUGGACUACAAAAGAACAGCCUGGCAAUCCUCGUUAUGGAGACAAGUACGAAUUUAGAACAUACUUACAAGCGAUGGUCGCCACUCUGUCCACCGGACCAGUUGGUAUCGGCGACCAAAUCGGGAAGACGGACAUGAAAUUGCUGAACAGAACGAUGAUGCCAGACGGAAGAAUUCUCAAGCCAUCAGUUCCCGCGUCAAUUCCUGACAUUCUCAUUUGGACGCUUGAUACAAAACUCUACCUGAACGGAACUACGGAGUGGUUCACGUACUCUCAGAUCGGAGACACCAACGAAACCCUCUUUGAUUUGACCAUGGCUUUUGCUGAAAGCAACCCUCCUUUUAUUUCCCAUCAGCCAGCCCAUAAAGAGUCCAAAAACUACAUGGCUGUAACUCAUACCGGCGAGUUUUCUUACUACAAAGGACAGUACGGAGACGAAAUGAAGUACAGAAACGUUGGGAACUACAGUGAACUCGUCGUCGUCUUUUCUGGCUCGCCGAUUUGGAAAAUGGGAACUCAGCUGAAUCACGAAAUCUCGCUCUUCGGCGAGACGACUUCAAAAAUGACCUCCGUAUCUCCCGUCAGAUUUGCUCGAAUGGACAUCGACCCCUCUCAUAUUUACAUCGACAUGAAUGGAGUCGAGGAAGAAGUCAUCAUUCUAGAGUGGCUCAUCGACGAAGUGCCGACUCAGUUGAACUGUACUGUCCCCGUCAGUGGCAAAGUCUCGGCGAAUGUUAUUGUCACAAGCGAAGACAAACUCUCACUUGCAAAAUGGGACAACGAAAACGUCUUCGUCCACGAGUCCCGCAAACGAGUCGGGCACACCAUCUUCGACGCUUCAAAGAAGUCAACCGUGCUCGAAAGCGCGAAAAACGUCCAAUACACACUCCUUGAAGAUGGCAAACCGGCGACCACUUUCAAGAUCGAUUCCAAUGGCCUUGUUUCUCUCGCCAAGCCGCUUGACCGGGAAACGAAGGAUGUUUACAAAAUGACGAUUUCUGCCGAAGACUCCAACGGCAACGUCCUCGAAAGGAAGAAGUCCUUCAACCUGAUCGUCAGUGACGGAAACGACAAUCGUCCAACUUUCGACAAGUCCUUCUACAACUUCGAAAUAAAGGAGCACGCCAAAGCUGGCACACAACUGACGCCGAUUUCCAACGUCGACGAAAUCGUCGUUGAAGAUAAAGACUUGAGAACAGACCGGAAAGGACUGGAAGAAUGCGAAGUUGGCUACAACUUUGGCGACUUUGAAUUCAAAAUCGAUUCGGAGUACUUUCAAGUGAAGACCUGCUUCAAUGAGAAAAAAGAACGAUAUGAACCUUUGAUAACUCUGAAAGCAGCGUUCGAUGAAAAACUCGAUCGGGAAAAUCAACCGAUUGACGAUUCACUCGAUUUUUUCAUUUGGGCGGAAGAUAUGGGCGUCCCUGCGCAGAAAUCAGAACGCGUGAAGAUUCAGGUGAAAUUGGCGGACAUCAACGAUUUUGCGCCAAAGUUCGCCAUGGCCGAAUACUCUGGCAGCGUCAGGGAAGACGUACUGAUCGGCGCUGAGGUCAUGCGCGUAGACAUCGUCGACCCAGACACGGGAUCGAACGCAGAUGUCGUCGUCCGACUCGUCAAUGACGAAACUGCCUCUUUUUCCGUGCAUGUGUCUGACGAUCAGAGCCAAGCAAUUAUCAAAACGACAAAACAGCUCGACGCAGAACGCGAUUUUCCGCCAAAUCAAGUGCACAAAUUUGAGCUCACGGCUUACAGCAAAGAAAAGCUCCAGAACGCGGAAAACACCAUCGCCAAGGCUCAAGUGCAAGUUAAAGUCAUCAACGUUGAUGAACCACCCGUCGUUUCGGAGCGUCGGCUCUUUGUCGAGGAAAACCUGCCGCCUGGGACGGCAAUUGCCAAUUCCUCGGGAUUAGCUUCGGAUCCUGAGGGAGAUUCGUUUAGCUAUUCCAUCGGCAACUCUGAAGAAGUACCUUUCGAUAUCGAUUCUCAAAGCGGCCGAAUCACCACGAACAGAAGACUCGACUUUGAGGCCCAAGAAAGCUACAAACUAGAAGUUCUAGCAACUCCUUCUGUCGGACCAGCUGGUUCAGGAAUCGUCGAAAUCAACAUUAUUGACAAGAACGACAUGAAACCGAGACCAAGUGGAUCGAUGACGAUAACUUACUGUGUUAACAAUCCAUCCUGGAGCUCAAACAUCAACUUUACUGAUCCCGAUUAUCAAGCGAGCCCCAAGAUCGAAAUUCGUCAAAAUUCUCGUUCUAGCGCCUGGAAUGGAAUCGAGCUCGUCAUUAUCGAAUCUGGAGCUGGCUGGGCUACCGUUUCUAUCCGGACAAACGACGACUCCAGAAUUGCAGCAGGGAUGAAAUUGCCAGUCAUCGUUUCAGACAACAAAUACGAAGAAGAAUACGACCUGAUCAUCAAUACAUGUUCUUGUAAUGACAAAGAAUCAAUGUCAUCAAGUUGCGACGCUAUCAUUGGAUCGCCUCCUAUGAAAGCUCAGCUCGCUGUCGCUGUAAUUGUUGCUGUUGGAUUCUCACUCGUGACGAUCAUCAUUUUCACUGCCUGGCGAAAGAGAAGAGUCCAGAAGCAAUUCAACUGCGAGCUUCCGCCCAUGGACAAUUUCGACGAUGAUAUUCGAGAGAACAUCGUUCAAUAUGCGGAAGAAGCAGGGGAAGAGCCCGGCCCAGCAGAUUACAACUUGCAGCUGCUGCAAAAAGAAACGAUGCAACGGAAUUCAAAGCAGAAUGGAAUCGUUCCAAAAGAAUAUACGGAUUCGUUGAAGAAAAAAGUCGCCAAUGUUUCGAACCAGUACAAUAUCGCGCCUUAUGAUUCUCUUCAGCUCUACCAUUACGAGGGCGCUAAUUCGAUAUUCUCCUCGUUGUCUUCAAUCCACAGUGCUCUUACAGAGCGCUCACUAAACUUCGCCGCCAUGGAUGCCCAACCGAAGAUGGAAAAAGUGAUGAAGCUUUUUGAAUCUUCUGAUCCUUUCUCUGACUCAAGAAAUCUUGAGAGUAUCUCUCUCAAUGCCACACUAACGCGCAUGCCAAAGAAGAACCUGCAAGUCACAUGCUUGGAAGAAGCUGAUACUGGGAUUGAUCUUGACUUCAGAACUGAUUUAUAG